AUGAACGUCAACAAAAAACUAGACCGCCUCAAGCAAUGGGCUGGCGAGAGAAUGGGCGGCGAGGCCAAGACCAAUGUCUCCGACGACUUCAAAGCCCUGGAGACCGAAAUGAAUCUGCGACACGAAGGCAUGGACAAAAUGCAUCGCUCAAUGACUGCCUAUGUCAAGGCCAUUUCCAAGCGCACGGAAGGGGACGAUAAGGAAAAGACUCUCCCGAUCGCUCACCUCGGAAGUGUCAUGAUUCAGCACGGCGAGGACUUUGAUUCGCACUCCGAAUUUGGCCGGUCCUUGACUUUGACUGGAAGGGCCCACGAAAGACUUGCUCGUGUUCAGGACAGCUACUCCGUACAAGCUAGCGCGAGCUGGCUCGAGGCGCUUGAACGAAGUCUGGCUUCGAUGAAAGAGUACCAGAAUGCCCGGAAAAAGCUAGAGAGCCGCCGUCUGGCCUAUGAUGCCUCUCUCGCAAAAAUGCAAAAAGCCAAGAAAGAGGACUUCCGAGUCGAGGAGGAGCUCCGUACCCAGAAGGUGAAAUACGAAGAGACAAACGAUGAUGUCUACCGCCGAAUGAUGGACAUCCAAGAGGCUGAAGGUGAAAAUUUGACAGAUUUGACGGCUUUCAUUGAUGCUGAGCUCAAUUACCAUGAGCGGUGCCGUGAAGUAUUGUUUCAACUGCGAAACGAGCUGCCAAUGGCUCAUCCCACGGCGCCCUCUGGCAACAGCCGUCGUCCUAGCCGCGCGCGCUCAAACACAGCCCAUUCGUAUCAGGAAAGGUACGAGCCUGUCCAGGAAGAGCUCACACCGUCACCACCUCGACCAACGAUUAGAUCAAUGCGAUCUGCCUCAUCGCAUAGACUGCAGGAUGAUGCAUCGCAAGGUAGAUCUGAUUCGACCUAUUUGCGACCCGCGGUCCACCGCACCUCAACAUUUGAGGGUCCUACACAGCUACGAAAUGACGAUGUCUCCUCUCCGCAACGAGCCCAGACUGACCUUGCAAUUCGCCCGACCAGAACGUCUUUGAGGCCAGUCAGCAAGAUCUAUGAAGACUACCACGACAGCUCUUCAUAUGGAAAUGUAAGCCCGUACGAUGACAGAUCAGAGACCUCUGGCACAUCGCCAGGUAGCUAUUUCUCGCGCACCCCCAGUUCGUCAACGUUGAACACCACUACUCCUGGUAUAAAGAAGGGACCGCCACCCCCUCCGCCAUCGAGAGCGACCAAACCAAGACCGCCUCCCCCUCCACCGCCAGCCAAGCGCAACCUGAUUGGGGCGUAG